GCUUCUCACGAGCAGAAACAAAAUUAACCGAUACGUCACAGAGCCAUUGUUGUGAGAACUACUGUUCAAAAUAUUCAUCUCCUUUCAGAUAAUUGAGUCAAAAUGUCAUCAAAUAAAAGAAUAGAAGGUACAACUAAAGUUAUUUCGGAUCAGUGCAUCUUUACCUGGACGAUCGAGAAUUACCGUUUAAUAAAAGUGAAAAAUGGAAAGCCAAUAAGUUCCCCGAAAUUCAGCGUUGGAAGUGACGAUAAGAAAUACUUCAAGUUAGAGUUGUACCCUGAAGGUAAUUGCAAAGAAAGUGAAGGAUACAUUUCUUUAUUUCUUAGACCCUUGAUGGAUUCAAACAACAAACCGGAUACGCUGAUGUGUAGAAACAAAUUAUCAGCUAUCAAUGAUAAAACAGUUGUUGUAAAAGUUACAUUGUAUCACGAUUUCGCGAGUACUCCCGACUGGGGUUGGUCAAAAUUUUUGUCACAUGAUUAUACUGACAAACUAAUUUCUUCUGAAAAUAGUGUAACUAUUCAAUGUGAAUUGGAAAUUUUCAAGAAAUGUAAAUCUUCAUUGGAUUCAGAAAUCGUCUGCAGUAAAAAUGACACUAUCGAUAGAAUAAAAUUCGAUUUUUUAUUUCUCAGCGAAGAGCUCAGUGAUAUUAUAUUAAUAGUUGAAGAAACUAAAAUCCCAGCGCACAAAAUUAUGCUCUCAGCAGCCAGCCCGGUAUUUAGGGCCAUGUUUACACACGAUAUGUUGGAAAACAAAGAAAAUUCCGUGAACAUAAACGACACUACUGUGAAUAUUCUAACUGAAAUGCUGCGAUACAUCUACACUGGCGAGAUCGAAGCUAUCGAAACAGAUAAGAUUCUUGAACUUUUAGCAGUGGCUGACAAGUAUCAGAUUGACACUUUGAAAACCAAGUGCGGAGAAAUCUUAUGUGCUGAGUUGUCCACUGAAAAUGCAAUUGAUAUUUUAGUAGCUACUCAUAAAUACAAAGUGAAGCAUUUGGAAGAUGAAGUAAUAAAAUUUGUCACAACUCACAUACAAUUGAUUUACGAUUCUGAAAAAAUGAAGGAAAUAGAUGAUCCUAAUAUAUUGUUGGAAUUGAUGCAAUCAAUAGUAAAAUCGCACAAAAAUGUAUCUUAACUCGUUAUUAUGUUUAAAAGUAGUUUUUAGUUGAGUUUGAUUCGUUGAUUAGGGAUACUGUAACUUUAUCUUUCUUAGGUGUUAUACAUCGGAUCAUGUUAAAUUGUGAUUCAGUUCUAGUAUUUUUGCACCAUAUGCAUUUUAUAGAGUAAAUUUUUAAAUGGUUGUAAUCAAAAUUUUAUUCUUUGUGAAUUUUAUUGUCAAAAUUAAACUAAAAGUAUUAUAAAGAUGCAGGUAUAACUUUGCAACUUGAUUAUCACUGUUUGUUUGCAUUUUAUGAUUGAAUAUCAAAUUAUUGCAUAAAAAGUAUUUCCUAAGGAAUUAUUUGUUGAAAUAGCAUUAUUAAGCAUAUAAUAUAAUUUUCAACGCACUCUGUAAAAAUGCUAGGUAAAUAAUAUAUAUAAAUAUAUUUUUUUAAAUGA